AUCAUGGAAAGCUCGUCGUCAUCGUCGACGUCGUUGACCAGAACAGAGCUUUAGUGGAUGCCCCUGAUAUGGAGAGGAUCCAGAUGAACUUCAAGAGGUUGUCUCUUACCGAUAUCGUGAUUGACAUUAACCGAGUGCCAAAGAAGAAGGCUUUGAUUGAGGCAAUGGAGAAGGCUGAUGUGAAGAACAAAUGGGAGAAUAGCUCAUGGGGUAGGAAGCUUAUCGUGCAGAAACGUAGGGCUAACCUCAAUGAUUUCGAUAGGUUCAAGAUUAUGUUGGCCAAAAUCAAGAAAGCUGGUGUUGUCAGGCAAGAACUUGCUAAACUGAAGAAGGAGAUCACUGCCUAAUCAAAAGAUAAUAUUAUCUGCAAAUCUGUUUUUUUGACUUUUGGAUUCGGUAAUUAGUGUUUUUUUGCAAGUCUCAAACUUCAUUAUGUGCUCAAGUAUCCCAUGUUUUGAAACCUUGUUUGAAAGAUUUUGUUCUUGUUAUUUUUAUCUUUAAAGUGACCAGUUUUUCUUAUUAUACCUUUAGUUUUGUUA